AUGCCGCGUGAGGUCAUCACAAUCCAGGUUGGCCAAUGUGGCAAUCAGAUUGGAUGCAGAUUUUGGGACCUGGUGCUGCGCGAGCACGCGUUCGUGUCCAAGGCUGCGGUGUAUGAUGCGGCAUUGUCGUCCUUCUUCCGAAAUGUGGAUACGAGACAUGCAAACCUGCCUGGCCUCCCUGUGGGCGACCAAAUUCGAUCACUCAAGGCCAGAUGUUUGUUGGUGGAUAUGGAGGAGGGCGUGGUCAAUUCCCUCCUCACAGGACCUCUAGCAGAUUUAUUUGAUGCAAGGCAGAGAAUCACUGACGUCUCUGGAUCUGGCAACAAUUGGGCACAUGGCUAUCAUGUGUAUGGACCAACCUACCGAGAAAGUAUACAGGAAAAAGUGCGUAGGUCAGCAGAGCAGUGUGACUCAUUGCAAUGUUUUUUCCUAUUGCAUUCCUUGGGUGGUGGGACUGGCAGUGGUCUUGGAACCUACAUCUUGGAAAGCUUAGAAGAUCUAAUGCCCGAAGUCUUUCGCUUCGUUUCCUGCGUGUGCCCAGCGCGCGAAGACGACGUGGUCACUUCACCCUACAACAGCAUCCUGGCUAUGCGGCCACUGAUCCAAUCAGCUCAUUGCGUGCUGCCCGCCUCCAAUGACUCGUUGGCAAACAUCUGCAACCAGAUUUCCAUCCGAGAUGCAGAGGAUUCCAACACGGCCACCCUGAUUGAUUUGCCGCAAGAUGAACGUCAACCCCGUCGCGCACCGCGAGCACCUGGCCGCCGUACUGCCCAGUCAGCGCCACCCAGGAAGAGGCCGCAGGCGGAACCAGAGACACCAGUUGCAGUGCCACGCUCUGCAGGGACGCGGCCUCCUCCCAUUGGUCAAGAGCGCCCUUUUGAUCGGAUGAAUUCCUUGGUGGCCCAUUUGCUGAACAAUCUCACCAGCUCCAUGAGAUUUGAGGGGUCGCUGAACCUGGACUUGAACGAGAUCACUAUGAAUUUAGUGCCGUUUCCGCGGAUGCAUUUCCUGUUGGCUUCCAUGAGCCCCUUGUACUUUGGCCGCGAUCCGCGCUUCGUUUCCAGAGGCUUCCACCAGAUGUUUUCAGAGGUGAUCACAUCAGGGCACCAGCUGAUGAAUGUGGAUCCCAGGGGCAGCACCUACAUGGCUCUGGCAUUUCUGGUUCGGGGCUCUGCCUCGAUUGCAGACGUCAACAGAAAUAUUUUCCAGCUCCGCAAGAAGCUGAAGCUUUUGCCUUUCAACGAAGAUGCUUUUAAGAUUGGCCUUUGCAAGGUAGCGCCACGUGGUCUUCCAUAUUCGGUUUUGCACUUGGGAAACACUUGCGCGGCGCACCAGAUGUUCAGUCACACAGUGAAGGACUUCUCACGGCUUUACAAUCGCAAAGCGCAUGUGCACCACUAUACCGAGUACAUGGAAAAGGGUGAGUUUGAUGAGGCCUUCGAAACUGUUAAUGCGUUGAUCAAAGACUACAUCCAUUUGGAUAUGUUGCAUGAGACACCAGCUUCCUGCUGCCCACAGCCUGCUCAAAGUGUGCGGAGCGCCGCAGCAGUGCUGACACCCUCUACUUGGGCCAGUAGUGCAGCUGCUGGUGCUUCUUCUCAGUUCCUUCCACGGCCAAUCUUGUGA